GUGAACCCCAAAUAACUCUUAACAAUUCUUAUUCUUCGUUUUCUUUCUGAGAAUUCGCCAUUCUAUGAAACCACAACAAAAACAGUAUACCUGACGGUUGACUAUUGACUUGGUUAACUGUACCAGAAUAAUGGAAACUAACAAUGUUAAAACUUUCCAUCAGUGUGUUGUAUGUGAUGAGAAUUUUCAACAGUAUGAUGAUUUAGAAAAACAUUCCAAAAUACAUGUUAGGGAAGAGAAAAUUGAUGAUGUACAUGUAGAUGAAUAUUGUCAAAUUAAAGAAGAGAAAACUGAUGAUGUAGAUCGAUAUUGUCAUGUUAAAGAAGAGAAAACUGAUGAUGUAGAUGAAUAUUGUCAUGUUGAAGAAGAGAAAACUGAUGAUGUAGAUGAAUAUUGUCAUAUUAAAGAUGAGAAAACUGAUGAUGUAGAUGAAUAUUAUCAUGUUAACAAAGAGAAAACUGAUUAUAUUGAAACUGUUUAUCAGUGUAAUUUAUGUGAUGAAGAAUUUUUAUCUGACAUUGAUUUAGAAAAACACUGUGAAAUACAUGUUAAAGAUGAGAGCAUGGAACAGAUUUCACAAAAUAAUGAGACAAAUUCUCAAAAACAAAUAGACAUAAAGACACCAGAAAAAAGUUAUAAAUGUGAUAUUUGUAGUAAAUCAUUCAAACACAAUAACAAUAUACAGAGGCACAUGAGAAUUCAUACUGGUGUAAAACCUUAUAAAUGUGAUGUUUGUGGUAAAUCAUUUACACAGAAGAGUAACUUACAGGAUCACAGGAGGAGACAAGUAGACUUAAAGACACCAGGAAAACUUUAUAAAUGUGAUGUUUGUGGUAAAUCAUGUACCAGAAGAGUUGAUCUUCUAAAACAUACAAGAACCCAUACUGGCGACAAAUCAUAUAAAUGUGAUGUUUGUAGUAAAUCAUUCAGUCACCAUGGAAACCUAGAAAAUCACAUGAAAACUCAUACUGGAAAAAAACCUUUUAAAUGUGAUGUUUGUAGUAAAUUAUUUACCUUAAAAGGAAAUCUACAGCACCACGAAAAAAUUCAUACAGGUGAAAAGCCUUAUAAAUGUGAUGUUUGUGGUAAAUCAUUCACACAAAAUGGUAGUCUACAUCGCCACAAAACAACAACAAUUCAUAACGGAGAGAAAAAACAUAUCUAGUAAUUUAACACGUUAGAUCAUGAGGUUUUGUGACUGAGUAAAAUGCCAUGGUUACAAUUCCCUGUUGUUGCGCCUGUCCAACCUCGUGGGUUUUCUCCGGGUCCUCCGGCUUCCUCCCACUGCUAAAGACCCCUACGUGCAAGCGAGUUAUUGAAAUAGAAUUAAACCAUAUGUUAGUACUGAAAUGACCUAGUUUGUGUCGAGUGGACGUUAAACCCCAUUUCUCUCUCUCUCUCCCUGUUGUUGUUUUUUUAUAAACAAUAUUUAUUCAGAAAUUGAGGGGACUGGGAAACAGGCAAAGCCUAUAUAAACACCUCUCCUGAUUACAAAUAAAUUACAUAAUAUUAUAAUAUUUAGCAAAACAAAAGAAUAGAUAUAAACUAAAUUAAAGAAAGACACCAUAAUACUAAUUUAACGGCUAUCGCUUUCUGUUUUUACUGGACAUCUUCAGGCCAUGUUUAUUUAUGAAGAAUAAUGUAGAACAAUAGACACAACGAGCUUGACGUUUCUAUAAAUAUAUCAAUUACAACCUAAUAGUAAUAUGUACAUAUUUCUUACUAUAAUAUCCGGUUUAUUUAAUUCUGGUUUGUACUUUUUGAUAAAAUAAUUUUCUUUACAUUCAAGUAAAUCUUUAUUUAAAAAAUUCAAUUUUACCAGGGAAAUACGUUGAAUUUUCCACCUCCGCAUGUUUCGAUGUGUGCACUUAAAGGUAUGGUUCGAUUACUUGGAAUCUUAAUUUGCGAUCUAUGAAGGUUCAUUCGAAGGUUUAGUUGCCCUUCUGUUUUACCAAUGUACUUCCCUAAACAACCAUAACAUACAAUGAGAUAGAUUACAUAUUGUGAUUGUCAUUGGAUUGAUUUAUUUCAAUGGGGCUUCCGUGGACUAUCAUUUUACAAGUUAAACAUCUUUCAUCACCACAUUUGGAAACAGUAGGUUUUUUUAUUUUCUGAAUUAAAUUUUGAGGAAGUGAGAAUUUGUCUCAAGUUCAGAGGUUGUUUUAGACUGUUGAUCACAUUUGUUUUGUUCAUAAUAUAUUUAUGUUUUUCACUUUUAAAUAACUGUGGUAAAUGUGAAUUGAAAUCUAAAUACUGGUUCGUGUCAGUAUUUUUUUUAAAUAUAGAUCUGUUGUAAUGUCACCAUUUCAAGUUUUUUUCUAUUAUAAAAUUUAAACUUUCAUUUAGUGAGUUUAGAAUAAGAUACGACUCAUUUAAUAAAACAUUAUCCUUAACAAAAAUGAUAAAACAAUCAUCUAAGAAACGUUUCCAUGAAUGUUCAAUCUGUAAUUUUGGAUAUCAAUUGCCAAAGCUUUAUUUACCCCAACUUCUAUUACCUCGAGGGGGUAAUGCUGUUUCAAUAACCCAUAAUAAUAUAUACAUGUAAACAUAAAUUUUGAAAAUUAAAAUCGUGCUAAUUUUUUAAAAUGUAAACCUU